CGUGAGACUCAUGUGACAGAGAUAGGUCAUUGCGAGCGAGAGUCAGGGGUUUAUUUAACACGUAGCUCUGUCCUUCCCCACUUUCCCAACGCGCAACCAAGACUAGUGCAUCUGCGGGACUCCCUCUUGACUGACUACGUGGAGAUCUCCGGGACACUGCUCCCAUUAUGCGAUAAAUAAUCAUAACAACAACAAUGCAAAUGUAAAAUAGAUUACUUAUCUCUACAAAUUGGAGGAAAUACUUAAAUAUUUUUUGGGAAAAAUUUCAAGGACUAUAUACUUUCAUUCAAUUUCAUUUGCGUUCUUGAGUGAAAACAUUGGGGGGAAAAGCUUGCCAUUUCCUGCGUCAUUUGGAGUAGCUUAAAGAGAAUGGAAAUGGAAAGGAUUCCAAGUGCGCAACCCACCCCCAAGCACCAGCAGGCUGAGCUGUCUGACAUGCAAGGGAUGGAUUUCCCUAUGUAUGUAUACAAAUCCCGUCGGGGAAUGAAACGAGGAGAUGAUAGCAAGGAAACCUACAAACUGCCUCACCGACUUAUCGAGAAGAAAAGGCGUGACAGGAUAAACGAGUGCAUCGCUCAGUUGAAAGAUUUAUUGCCCGAGCACCUGAAACUUACAACUCUUGGCCAUCUGGAGAAGGCUGUGGUUUUGGAGCUCACGCUUAAGCAUGUGAAAGCUCUAACCACUCUACUGGAAAACCAGCAGCAGAAAAUCCUCAGUCUGCAGAAUGGCAUGCAAAUCGAGCAGUCCUCUCCCAGCCAGGAGAACAGUGAGGAGAUCUUCCGCUCAGGCUUCCAUGUCUGUGCCAAGGAGGUGCUGCAAUACCUGGUCAACCAGGAGGGUCGCGGUGACCUUACACCCUCCCACAUGGUCAACCACCUGCACAAGGUGGCCACUGAGGUCCUCCAGGGCCCUCCCCGUAGCCCCUGCAAACCCCGGUCUGAAGAGACCACCAUCCACUACCAACAUCAUCAGGCCCACAGGGAGAAGCCUGCAGGCCAGCCCCCCAAGCCCAGUGAAGGCCAUGGGAAGAACUGCGUUCCCGUCAUCCAGCGGAGGUAUGCCCAUGCGGGCGGCGAGCAGAGCGGCAGCGAUACAGACACAGACAGCGGCUACGGUGGCGAGCAGGUUGAGCAUCUGGCGUUGCGUGCAGGGUACUACGGCCAGGAGAGACAGCUGAAGAGGGCGCUGGGAGAAAAGAGGGCGUCAUUUUGCAUUAAGCAGGAAGAUGAGGCGUGCCACAAACGCAGCCGGGUCGAGUCAUCCGAGGACGAGUCUCUCUCAGGCGGAGAGUCAUCCUCAUCCUCCUCCAGCGGCCACGGCAGCUACAUGAGCGCCUACUCCCCUCACCAGGCCCAACCUCAUCCCCUUUGCAUGCCCUUCUACCUCAUCCCCCCCUCUGCCGCCGCCUAUCUGCCCAUGCUGGAGAAGUGCUGGUACUCAGGGGCCAUGCCCAUGAUUUACCCUGGCCUGGGAGGCUCCGCGCAGGGCAUGCCUAGUGACAGGCAUGCCCCCUCUCCCUCGAUCAUGAUGUCCCCCAGGGGGCGCUCUCCCUCUCCCCCUACCGUAGCCCAAAGCCCCAUGGACUCCCCAGCCUUCCUCCAAGUGUUAAAGCAGGUACUUCCCAUGAACCUGGAAACCAAAGACUGAGAGACCACUGAGCACUUACACAGAAAAGUGUUAUUGAACAUAGACUGCUAUGCUGAGAGGAUACAUGGAGGAGAACAUGACCAGACAGUCAGAUCACCCACCACCACCCCUCUCCCCUCAACCCAGAAGUCAGAAGACAGAAGGGAGACAGAUAGAGCGCAUGCAGAAGGUCUGGUCUCAGAUCGGUGAGGCAUAAUCCACAGCUGCGAGCAGAAAAAGAGAAUAAAAGAAAGAGGGAAUGUGUGGAUGGAAGACAGCUCAAACAGUUUCCUAAUCCUCUCUGAAUGUUUGACUUUAUACCCCCACCAGAGUGCUGAGUGCAACAUUGACCCCACUGAUCUGGAUACACACACACACACACACACACACACACACACACACACACACACACACACACACACACACACACACACACACACACACACACACACACACACACACACACACACACACACACACACACACACACGGUUGAAUGUAUAAAUGUAAAAAAGUGGCAGUCCCGUAGAUGUUGAGGUUUCUACAUGCUGUGGACACUGACAGGGCUCAGCUGUACACACACCGUCCUUGUAAACCAUGUCACACCAAAUGUCAAUAGUCACCAUUCACCCAAAGGUUGCUGUCUAUUUACCUUAGGUCACCAUUGCCAUCACUGACAAUGCGCUUUGCCCCAUUCCCUAUGACAACAACAAACAUCCUGAGUGAAAUAAUUUCCCUACUGUAUGGAGUUAGUGAGGUCAUCAUGUGACCAUGUCAAGUUGGGAAUUCACUGACAGUUUAGAGGGACUUUUUGUAAUUAUUGUUUAUACUUCUUGUACAUCUCUAUUUUUGAUACGUGUCCUUGCGCUCGAACCAGAGAGAAAGGUUGGACAGUCGUUUUACCGCAUAAUAACUCAUGUACGUACUGUAGCCCUGCGCUGACCCUGAUCUGCAAUCUGACUCUGCUCAAGUCAAACCCGGAGUUUAUCAUCCUGUUGCCUUUUACUUGUGAAACACUGAUAAAAGAAAACAUCAGAUGUUUAUGAAAUGUAUUUGGGAGUUGGCGAGAAGUGAAUGUAUAUGUUUUAGCAGAAGAUUCGUUUUCUAUAGAAAGAGGUACUUUGAUAUUUUGGGACCUACCAGAAAGAUGUUUGAUGUACAUAUUUUGUCUAUAAAUGUUGACAUACACUAUAUAAGCGUAUUAAUAAAGUAUUUUAUCUGC